AUGGAGUUAACAGGUGGUCAAAUUUCCAAGGUAGAACAGCGUCCAAACGCGGUAUUCAUUAGAGGUGUUGGUCAACUUUCUACCUCAGAUAUAAAGCAUUAUCUUGACGCUCACCUCAAAGAAGGUUACACUUUUUCCACUAGACAUCUCUUCGAAGACUUUAAAUAUCGAAUUCAAUGGGUUAAUGACGAAAGCGUGGUUAUUAACUUUAUCUCAAGUGAGGGUGCCCUAAAAGCGUUAAGGUUACUUUCAACUCAAGAUCUACCCCUCCACGAGGAACGUUUGGCCCAACCUUAUCGACGCAAAUCCAAGGAUGAUGGUCGAGAUACUGACGAUGAUAAGGUAAUACUUCAUGUAAGACAGGCUCGUACCGAUGAUAAGAAAGAGCUCAAUGCAAAAGCAAAAUCCCGCUAUUAUUUACUCCAUGGUGAGCCUGAGUUCUCAUCUGGAGCAAGAAAAGGUAGAUACCGAGAAAGAGAUUCAGUGGUUUCGAAACCGAUACAAACAACUGAAGAUUUAAUAACAGGGGAACUAGUUACUGGAAGGGACCAGGAAGUACGGCGUAGCGAUGCCAAUAUGCUAUUUCAUAGGCUAGGUUCUAGUAAGGCAUUCAAGACAAGAAAUGAGGAGGAUCUAUUUCCUCAGUAUGCUAAUGGUCAGCAAAUCGUUUCAAAUGAUGAGGAGGAUCUUUUCCCUCAAUACCUUCGUGAUAGGUCUCCAAAGAGAUGA